CGCGCCCACCUCGCACUCGAGGCGCUCCCCACUGACCGACCCUGCCCCGCGGCCCAGGCCGGGACCCGAACCCAGCGGGUGCCGCGUCUCUACCCGGGCCUCCAUCACUUUCAACCAGCCAUGUUCCAGGCUGCAGGAGCCGCCCAGGCCACCCCCUCUCAUGAAGCCAAAGGAGCCGGUGGCCCCAGCACUGUUCAGCGCUCCAAGUCCUUCAGCCUUCGGGCCCAGGUGAAAGAGACCUGUGCCGCCUGCCAGAAGACCGUGUACCCCAUGGAGCGGCUGGUGGCAGACAAGCUCAUUUUCCACAACUCUUGCUUCUGCUGCAAGCACUGCCACACCAAGCUGAGCCUGGGCAGUUAUGCGGCGCUGCAUGGGGAAUUUUACUGCAAACCCCACUUUCAGCAGCUGUUUAAGAGCAAAGGCAACUACGAUGAGGGUUUCGGCCGGAAGCAGCACAAGGAGCUCUGGGCCCACAAGGAGGUGGACCCUGGCACCAAGACAGCCUGAGGCCCUCUGACCAUCCAUUCCCUCUGUAGAGGGCCUGCAACAGGACAGUGGGAAGUGUGGAAAAGAGCUCGGACCUGGGCUAGCAUGGGGAGGCAGGGUGGGAAGGGGAUGAGGCCAUCUUGCUCAGGCAGAGGGUUAUGGGGGCAGGGCUCUGCUCCAGGAUUCCUUCGUUCUCCCGCGGUGGGGAUUUGGGAACCAGGAUUGGGGGUUGCUCACCACCCUGCUUCCUGCUUCUUUCACCUUACCCCACCUAACCCCCUGGCUCCCUGGGAGGCCCCCAAACCCAGCUUCCUUAUUUAGGUGCCUUUUCUCCAGCAAGGAGUCAGCAUGCCCCCUCAGGGUCCUAAGCUCCCUCACUGCCACCCGGGGCCCUGUGUGGCCCCUAUGUCUCCCCAUCUACCUCUGCCCUUAGCCUGGUUCUGAGCCAUGGAGACUUUGGAGGAAGGAGAGCCAGAGUGCCUCACAGAAUGCCCACCAGGGCUCAGUGGGGGAGGGGAGGGGAAGUGGAGCAGCCCUGCCCCUCCCUGCAAGGCAAGGCAGGGCACGCCCCAGUGGGGCUUGGGACCAUCUUGCACCACCGACAUCAAGGAGCAGAAGCUAAAAGCACCUGCCAGGCUGAGUGCCACAGAGACUGGCAGGGAUCUAGCAGCCGCCACACUCCCUUCCUCUUCUCUUUCUGCCAGUCCUGACUGUUGUGAUCAACCCUGUUUUAAACAUGUUUCAAUAGAUCCUGACUGUAUUAUGUGGCCUGAUUUGGGAAGGGGGCAAGAAGGGCACAGUCUCACGGUGCAGAAGUGAAGAGGGGAGACAGGGUUAGCCCAGAGCACUUCUGGCCUUGAUGGGAGGGCAGUGAUGGGUGACAGAAAUACCAGCCAGCCUGAGAAAAGGGAUGUCCUCUUCCCAGCCAGGUCUGCAUGCUGUCAAGCCUCUCUAGUUUUAUAACUGAAACUCCUUUGUCCUUC